UACUAUACAUUUUGGAGUGUACAAACAUGCUGUUGUUUCGUAUAUGAAAUGAUAUAUGUUUGGCGCUGAGAACGAAGAGGGGAUCGAGUUUGAAUUAAUACAGUCUACCGUAGGUUUUUACGAGUACUACCAAUAUGGCUGAAGCACCAAAAUAUAGAUUAACGUACUUUGUCACUAGAGGACGGGCUGAACCCAUCAGACUCCUGUUGGUUGAUGCUGGGAUCGAGUUUGAAGAUCGGAGGUUUACACAAGAACAAUGGAUCGAGAGGAAAAAUUCAGGAGAAUUUCCUUUGAACCAAUUACCGAUCCUAGAGGCUGAUGGGAAAACAAUGGUGCAAAGUCGGGCCAUCAUGCGUCACCUGGCUAGAAAAUAUGGUUACAUUGGCGCGACAGAAGAGGAAACAUAUCAGAUCGAUGUUCUCUGCGAGGCCUUGGAGGACUUGGUGGCUAGCGUGUUUGAUAUCGUGUUUAGCGACUUCGACCAAGCUUACAAGGAUAAACUCAAAGAGAAUCUACCACAGACUAUCAUUCCUCGCCAGCUGAAGUUCUUAGAGAAGGCGCUUGAAGACAACCCUUCAGGAAGCGGCUACUUCGUUGGUCAAGAUGCUACCUUGGUUGAGUUCACGUACUUCACCUUCAUCGAGAAUGUGUUGAACAUGUUCCCUAAUGUUAUGGAUCCCGCUGAAUUCCCCAAACUUCAUGCGAACCGAGAGCUGGUGAGGUCUAGGGAGAAGAUUGCCGCUUACCUUGAUAAGCAAACACCAUCCUAUAUGUAAACCUCCCGCCACCAAUCAAGACGUCCAGAGUUUCGCUCUUCAGCUGAAACACCACACACCCAACGACUUCCAACACCAUCACCACCACCACCACCAACAAC